AUGGUUGAUCAAACAUUUUUCGUAGAACGACAAGCGGAUGCUGCUCAAAAUGUAUUAGCCAGUAUUACGAACGAUUAUUCAUCGGCAACUAAUAAAAAUGGAUUAACAAUUAAUUCAAGUUUUUAUAUUGGAAUAUCAUUGGCAGUACUAUCAAGCGUAUUUAUUGGAAGUAGUUUUAUAUUGAAGAAGAAAGGUCUUCUUAAACUAAGUUUUUAUAAUGGAAUAAGAGCAGGACAAGGAGGAUAUCAAUAUUUAAGAGAAUGGAUCUGGUGGGGUGGAUUAAUUACAAUGGGAAUAGGUGAACUAUGUAAUUUUGCUGCAUAUGGUUUUGCUCCAGCAUCAAUGGUCACUCCAUUAGGCGCAUUGAGUGUUUUAGUUAGUGCUCUGUUAGCUGUUCGAUAUCUUGGAGAAAAAUUAAGUGGUUUAAGUAAAAUUGGUUGUCUUUUAACAGUAUUUGGUUCAAUAAUUAUUGUUAUACAUGCGCCAAAAGAAAGUGAAGUCAAUUCAUUGUUAGAAUUUUCAAAGAAAAUUCAUGCAACAGAAUUUAUUUUAUUUACAUUAAUUACAAUUGUUAGUACAUCGUGUUUAAUUAUUUAUUAUGGACCACGUUCUGGUCAAAAUAAUGUUCUCAUUUAUAUUUUAAUUUGUUCAUUACUUGGUGCAUUUACUGUUACUGGAUGUAAAGGUUUAGCAGUAGGUUGUAAAGAAUAUUUAACAAAUAAUCAUACAUAUUCUCAAUGGUUAACUCUAUUUUGUGCAUUUAUCAUUAUCGUAUGUAUUAUUAUUCAAAUGAAUUAUUUAAAUAAAGCAUUAGAUUUAUUUCCUACACCUAUUGUGACUACAGUUUAUUAUGUUUUGUUUACUACAUGUGUAUUGAUAACAUCAGGUAUAUUAUUUAAAGAAUGGAGACUUAUAUCAAUUAUUGAUAUAUUCGGAUGUUUAAUCGGAUUUGGAGUUACAACAUGUGGUUUAGUACUUAUUAAUUAUUUGAAAUCUCCAUCAACUUUGCCAACAUGUAAUGGAACAGCAAAUGAUGAUAUUUUAUCACAAGUAUAUUCCAAUGUUUACCGUCCAAUACCAACACGUCGCGACUCAUCAAAUGGGAAUAAUAAACAAUUACAAGAUCAACAACAGUCAAAAGGACAUUCCUUAUUAUUGGAUCAUAAUGAACAACGACAACCCAUGCUAUUAGCAAACGAAAGAGACUUUGCAUAA